AAAGUUGGUAACCCUGAAAAUUCUGUUCGAGCUUUAGACCAAGCAAGCACAUUUUGGAAAAGUGGUGUUAUGUCUGAUGAAAGCAGGUCAAUUCUUAAACAAACAGCCGCUUUUAAACUUAAGACCUCUCGGUAUCGUGAAGCAGCUCAGGAUUAUGAACAGCUUGUAAAAGAUGACCCAUUAGACAUUCAAGCAUUAGCUGGACUUGUAGCAUCAUAUUCUCAAUAUGAUGUUAAUCUCGCUGAAAAAUACGAAAGUUCUUUACCAGAUAUUAGUACAUCUAUGGAAAUUGAUGUAGAAUCUCUUGAAAAAGUUGUACCUGGUGUGAAAAAAAGCUAUAUCAAAAAAGCAGAUACCAAAACAAUGGAGAAACAAACAAAGGCAACACCGAAAAAGAAAAAAAAACGUAAACCCUUGCUACCAAAAAACUAUGAUCCAGCCGUGCCACCAGAUCCCGAACGUUGGUUACCAAAACGUGAUCGAUCUUCUUAUAAGAAACUUCGCAAAGGAAAACAGCAAUUAAUGAAAGGAUCACAAGGAGUUGCAGUUGCUGGUGGAGGUCUUGGAGGUACAGGAAGUGCUAAUAUUGCCGGAAAGAGUGUAAGUAACGUGUCGUCAUCCGAGACAGUUGUUACAUCACAGCCAGAACAACCUGCGCCUGCACCUACGCAAAAACCAAAAAGUG